AUGAAGAUCGCAUUCAUAUUUCUCGGAAUCUUGACCUUCUUUUCGCGCACCAUUUUUGCGCAGAAGGCCGGCGGGUCCAAACUCGCGCACAGUUAUGAAGCCAUAUAUCUCUAUUAUGGGUAUCUGGUUGACGUGCAAGUCAAUAAAAACAGCCGGACUAUCGGCGCCCAGUGCGAGCCAACUGGAGGCAGAGCUGUUUGCACAGUGUGGGAGUUCAUCCGGAGCAUUCAAACCCCCUUUGAUGCCGGGGCAUUAGGCGAUGGUGGCAAGAUAGGCGCCGUCACUCUCCCUGGCGACCUUAAAGAGCUUGCCAAUACAAUGGCCGAGCGUGAGCAGGAUUUGCUCCAGGCUAAGAAAGAAGCCGUGCGGGGCGAAUGGGGCCCAGAGUUCAUGAGGAAUAUCAAAGAGAAGCAAGUGGUCUUGGAGGGCGGCUUGGCCACCUUUUCGGAUAUCGAUUGGUACGCAACUGCGGUUGCAAAUGCGGAACAAACAAAGAAGGAAAUGCUACCUAUAUUAGCCGGCUUCAAGGAUUUUGCUCGACAUAUGAGUGAGGAUUCGCAGGUUGAUAAGACAACCCGGGAUCAUCUCCGCAUCGUGCAGAGUAUAGUAUUCGCAGCCAGUCUGACUCGCUGGGUAGCCUGGCCGCCUGCGAGGCCCGGUAACUACCGGCUUUUGGAUAUGUGA